AGACGUGGAAAUAAAGACGCUAAAUAGCUCGGAAGCUUAUUGCUGAUGAUCAUCCCCUCCUCCCCCGUGACAAAUAGCUUCAUGCCGAAAGAAGAGGUGCGUCGACGGAGGACACCGCUGAAUGCACACCUUAGGUGAUAGAAUGAGAUAUUCGUGCCGAAGGUGCUGUCUUGUCAUCCAGCACUGCAGGCGAUGCGACGACGAGAAGGCACAGGUUAUCUUUACUGGAGUGUCCCACUGGAACUUGCUGCUAAUUGCAGCGGAAACCCUACUGGGCCGUGCAUGUACAAUCGAUUUGGCGAAGAUAGAUCGAGCCCGCCGACUUCAUCUUGGUAUCAUCGUCAUUUACAAAUGAGUUUGCGACAAGGCUGCCCGCCUGCGAGUUCUCCGAUCGAAGCUAAAACCCAAAUUCGGCUGUACAAGUAAUGCAGCGAAGUUUGAUCGAACUACGGACACAUCUUGGUGUCCUCGUCGUUUACAAUCAUUUUCGCGACAGACAAAGAUUUUCCAGUUUCCUAUGACUCGCGAACAACGGUCAAGAUACACAAAAGGUCUUUGUCAUACUACUACUGUAGUAGCAACGAUCACUUGUCGGCGAGGUGAGGUUAGUGACAACGGAAGGCAUGAUGGCAUUGGCAUUUAUACAGAUUUACAGCGACGUUGCUGCUGCUUGCCAGUGCAGCGGAAGCCCCAACUGCGGGCUGUAAAUUUUUUUUGUGCGGAGAUUGAUCGAGCCGUCCGUCGGCUUUACCUUUGUAUUCUCGUCGCUUACAAAUGCAGUCCGCGGCAAGGUAAAAGUUUCAAGUUGCCUGUAAUUCGAGAAUGCAGGCCAACCGUCGAGACACACGCACAGAGGCCAUCGUUACAGAGACAAUAUCUUGUUCAGGGUGGAAGGGUGGAGGGCAUGAUGACAUACCCACGAUAUGAUAUCAUAUUUCCCUGAAUAAAGCACAGUGUGUCGGA